AUGGACUGGAGGGAGAACAUUCUUAAUCCUGUCGAAAAAAAUACAACACAUGAUGUAGGAUUUUCAACCAAUUUAUAUUUCAUAUGGAAAAAUCCGAGAAACGGGAUUUUUGCUAAAGGACUUGGGAGAGUAAUACACAUAGAUUUCCAUGGAUGUUCGUUGGGAAUCACAGAACUCACUGGGUCUCUUUUCUCUCUGCAGACCUUUGCAGGGAACAUGAAUGCCGACAGCGUGGUGCACCACAAGCUGCUACACUCAGUGAGAGCCCGGUUUGUUCGCUUUGUGCCCUUGGAAUGGAAUCCCAGUGGGAAGAUUGGCAUGAGGGUGGAGGUCUAUGGCUGUUCUUACAAAUCGGACGUAGCUGACUUUGACGGCCGAAGCUCACUUCUGUACAGGUUCAAUCAGAAGCUCAUGAGCACUCUCAAGGAUGUGAUCUCCCUGAAGUUCAAGAGCAUGCAAGGAGAUGGGGUCCUGUUCCAUGGAGAAGGCCAACGUGGAGACCACAUCACUCUAGAGCUGCAGAAGGGGAGGCUUGCCCUGCACCUCAACCUGGAUGACAGCAAAGCUCGGCUUAGCAGCAGCCCACCUGCAGCCAUCUUGGGCAGCCUCCUAGAUGACCAGCAUUGGCACUCAGUUCUCAUCGAGCGGGUCAGCAAGCAGGUGAACUUCACCGUGGACAAGCACACACAGCACUUCAGGACCAAGGGUGAGGCAGAUGCCUUAGACAUCGACUAUGAGCUUAGUUUUGGAGGAAUUCCAGUACCAGGCAAACCUGGGACCUUUUUAAAGAAAAACUUCCAUGGAUGUAUUGAAAACCUUUACUACAAUGGAGUAAACAUAAUUGACCUCGCUAAGAGACGAAAGCAUCAGAUCUACACGGUGGGCAAUGUCACUUUUUCCUGCUCCGAACCACAAAUUGUUCCCAUCACAUUUGUCAACUCCAGCAGCAGUUAUUUGCUGCUGCCCGGAACCCCCCAAAUUGAUGGGCUUUCAGUGAGUUUCCAGUUUCGAACAUGGAACAAGGAUGGUCUGCUUCUGUCCACAGAGCUGUCUGAGGGCUCGGGGACCCUGCGGCUGAGCCUGGAGGGCGGAAUCCUGAGACUCAUGAUUCAGAAAGUGACAGACCUCGUAGCUGAAAUCCUCACAGGCAGCAGCUUGAAUGAUGGCUUGUGGCAUUCAGUUAGCAUCAAUGCCAGAAGAAACCGCAUCACUCUCACUCUCGAUAACGAUGCAGCAUCCCCGGCUCAGGACACCACCCGGGUGCAAAUUUAUUCUGGAAAUAGAUACUACUUUGGAGGGUGCCCCGACAAUCUCACCGAUUCCCAAUGUUUAAAUCCCAUUAAGGCUUUCCAAGGCUGCAUGAGGCUCAUCUUUAUUGAUAACCAGCCCAAGGACCUCAUUUCAGUUCAGCAAAGUUCCCUGGGGAAUUUUAGUGAUUUACACAUUGAUCUGUGUAGCAUCAAAGACAGGUGUUUGCCAAACUACUGUGAACAUGGAGGAAGUUGCUCCCAGUCCUGGACAACCUUCUAUUGUAACUGCAGUGACACAAGUUACUCUGGUGCCACCUGCCAUAACUCCAUCUAUGAGCAAUCCUGUGAGGCGUACAGGCACCAGGGGAACACGGCUGGUUUCUUCUACAUCGACUCAGAUGGCAGUGGGCCUCUGGGCCCUCUCCAAGUGUACUGUAACAUCACUGAGGACAAGAUCUGGACAUCAGUGCAGCACAACAAUACAGAGCUGACCCGGGUGCGGGGCUCCAACCCCGAGAAGCCCUACACCAUGGCCUUGGACUACGGAGGCAGCAUGGAGCAGCUGGAGGCUGUGAUCGAUGGUUCAGAGCACUGUGAACAAGAGGUGGCCUACCACUGCAGGAGGUCCCGCCUGCUCAACACACCAGAUGGAAUUCCAUUUACCUGGUGGAUUGGCCGGUCUAAUGAAAGGCACCCUUACUGGGGAGGUUCUCCUCCUGGGGUCCAGCAGUGUGAAUGUGGCCUGGAUGAGAGUUGCCUGGACAUUCGACACUUUUGCAAUUGUGAUGCUGACAAAGAUGAAUGGACAAACGAUACUGGCUUUCUUUCCUUCAAAGACCACUUGCCUGUCACUCAGAUAGUUAUCACUGAUACUAACAGAUCAAACUCAGAAGCUGCUUGGAGAAUUGGUCCCUUGCGUUGCUAUGGUGACCGACACUUCUGGAAUGCGGUCUCAUUUUACACAGAAGCCUCUUACCUCCACUUUCCUACCUUCCACGCGGAAUUCAGUGCCGAUAUUUCCUUCUUCUUUAAAACCACGGCUUUAUCUGGAGUUUUUUUAGAAAAUCUUGGCAUUAAAGACUUCAUCCGACUUGAAAUAAGCUCACCUUCCGAGAUCACUUUUGCAAUUGAUGUUGGGAACGGUCCUGUAGAGCUGGUAGUCCAGUCUCCUUCUCCUCUGAAUGACAACCAGUGGCAUUAUGUCUGGGCAGAGAGGAACCUCAAGGAGACCUCGCUCCAGGUGGACAGCCUUCCCAGGAGCACCAGGGAGACCUCAGAGGAGGGACAUUUCCGAUUGCAGCUGAACAGCCAGUUGUUUGUAGGGGGAACAUCAUCAAAACAGAAGGGCUUUCUGGGAUGCAUCCGCUCCUUACACUUGAAUGGACAACAACUGGACCUGGAGGAGAGGGCAAAGGUCACUUCCGGAGUCAGACCAGGCUGUCCAGGACAUUGCAGCAGCUAUGGCAGCAUUUGCCACAAUGGGGGCAAGUGUGUGGAGAAGCAUAGCGGCUACUUCUGUGAUUGCACCAACUCACCAUAUGAAGGACCGUUCUGCAGAAAAGAGGUUUCUGCUGUUUUUGAAGCUGGCACAUCGGUUACUUACAUGUUUCAAGAACCCUACCCUGUGACCAAGAAUGUAAACCUCUCAUCCUCAGCUAUUUACACAGAUUCAUCUCCAUCCAGGGAGAACAUUGCAUUUAGCUUUGUGACAGCCCAGGCACCUAGCCUUUUGCUCUUUAUCAAUUCUUCUUCUCAGGACUUCCUGGCUGUCCUGCUCUGCAAAAAUGGAAGCUUGCAAGUUCGCUAUCAGCUAAGCAAGGAAGAAAUCCAUGUAUUCACCAUUGAUGUAGAGAACUUUGCCAACAGGAGGAUGCACCACCUGAAGAUUACCCGUGAGGGGAGAGAGCUAACCAUUCAGAUGGACCAGCAACUCCGGCUCAGUUAUAAUUUCUCCCCAGAAGUCGAGUUCAGGACUAUAAGGUCGCUAACCCUGGGCAAAGUCACAGAGAAUAUUGGAUUGGAUUCUGAAGUUGCUAAAGCAAACACCUUGGGUUUUGUUGGGUGCCUGUCUUCAGUGCAGUACAACCACAUAGCACCCCUGAAGGCAGCUCUGCGUCAUGCCACCAUCGCACCUGUGACCGUCCAAGGGACAUUGACAGCAUCCAGCUGUGGCUCCAUGAUGGAUUCAGAUGUGAAUGCAGUGACCACUGUGCAUUCGUCAUCAGAGAAUAUUGGAUUGGAUUCUGAAGUUGCUAAAGCAAACACCUUGGGUUUUGUUGGGUGCCUGUCUUCAGUGCAGUACAACCACAUAGCACCCCUGAAGGCAGCUCUGCGUCAUGCCACCAUCGCACCUGUGACCGUCCAAGGGACCUUGACAGCAUCCAGCUGUGGCUCCAUGAUGGAUUCAGAUGUGAAUGCAGUGACCACUGUGCAUUCGUCAUCAGGUACAUUCAGGGGCAGAUCUUGUGAGCAGCCUCCACUAGCCUUACUUUUGGUGUCUUCAAGAAACUUCCACAUUAAAGGGUUGACUGACAUUACUCAAUUCUUUACUUGGCCUUUCCCUGAGUGGUCAUGUGUGCCGAGUGAUGCAAGGCACCCUUUGCCCAGUACUGGCAGCUCUGCAGAUUUAUCCUGCCCCUGCUUCAUCAGGCAGCUGAGCACCGAAUCAACAGCUGGAGCAUUUAUAUACAGACAGACAGCUGUGUCUUGCUCCUCUCAUCCGGUUGUCAUUGUUCCUAAACCACAAACAAAGCAGACCAAUAAAGCUGCAUAUGGGGAAGAAGCCACGUUGGGCAGACAGAUGGGUGAAGACGCAGUCCCAUUGGAUUUUCUUCAUGAAGUGAUUUGGGUUAGAUCUAAUGAGCAGGGAGUAAUAGCGGUAGUGAUAUUCAUCAUCUUCUGUAUCAUCGGCAUCAUGACCCGCUUCCUUUACCAGCAAAAGCAGUCACAUCGCACUAACCAGAUGAAGGAGAAGGAUUAUCCAGAAAAUUUGGACAGUUCUUUCAGAAAUGAUAUUGACUUGCAGAAUACAGUGAGCGAGUGUAAACGGGAAUAUUUCAUCUGA